GCCUUUUGCUUUGAAAUGAAAACUGUGCAUAUUCGGAACCUGCAGAAUGUAUUAUCAUAUUAACGACGCUAGGCAGACAGAACUUCGCUAUAAACUCUGAAUGUUGCAUUAUAAAGAGCAGGAGUGAACCAGUACAUUUGUUAAGAUGUCGCAGAUAAAUCGGCACCUCAUUUUUUCUGGAACUGAAAAAGUUCAACAGAGAGUGUGUUCCUUUCUAUGACGUGUCCCUUAAAUAUCUCAUUAUAUUAAACUUUCAACCUUGAGUGUUCAAACCCUGAACGUCUCAUGUUUCUGUGGUGAAAAACUGUGAGACAGCAGCAGAGUGCAGCAUCUUCUCCUGUAGCAGUUUUAUUAAAGACAAGCAAAGUGCAGUUUCAACAGACACCUGAGAAUUAGAGAUCAGCACUCUGUUUGCUGUGUACUGGUGUUAUCAUGGAAGUUUCACUUUCAGUCACAUUUCGUAGCAGUUGUAAGUCAAAGAAACAAUAAAUACAUAAACCUUAAUGAGUGGACUAGCCGGAAAAAUCCUGACUAUGGGCAUCACUGGUGUAACUCCACAUUAACAGUUGCAGACUACUCAACUUUUCAUUUCAGGAUGAAUAUUUGGGUUUGAUAGUGUAACAAUACGUACAAUAAUCUCACUUCAGAAACUUCAAACCAGUUUGAGUCUGGGAAGUUCAUUGGAAUGGUUUCUAAUAAAGUACAACAUAAAAUGAACCCAUAUACAUCAAUAUAUCAUUUAAGUGGAAUGAAAACAAAUAAUGAAUAUAGUCAUGAUAGACUGUGUAGUGAUCCAGGUGUGAUGAGUUUAAAGAAUCUAAAAUAGUUUCUGUAUACUAAUAUGAUAUGUACACUAGUAACUGUGUAUAGUUUGUGUUUGUACAGGAACAGCCCUCACAGACGCUCAAUGCUCUUACUGCAGUGACAGAACAUUCUCUGAUGGGAAACGUACGUCUUGUCGACCACACACACAAUGUGAAUCACAAAACCUUCAGCUGAUGCAACCAGGAACAGCUUCAACCGAUGCUGAAUGUGGAAAUGACAUUUUGAAAGAGGCACCAGCUGCAAUCAUCGUUUCAGUGGUUGUUUUGGUGGUUGGUUCAUUAGUCGCCUUUUUUUUAUGCAAAAGACAUUGUGCAGGUACGAUGUGUGUGUGUGGUGGAAGAAAAUGUUCUCGUGGAUGAUAAGACCUCUGUCAAGUCAUGAUGUCGUUGAUUGAGAGUUUUUUUUUGGUUUUGUUUCUGUUAAAGAAAAAGAUGGAGGCUCUAAAUAAAUAAAAAACGCUGUGGCACUGGUGCGUGAUUCUGCCUGAUGGAUGCAGGCGAAUGGAAGGAUGAGGAGGAAGCGAGGGUUCAGCGAUGACUGAUCAGCUGAUAUAGAUUCUAUUGAACUGUGAUCUUUGGGCUGAAAAAUCUUGUCAUUUCGUCCUGUUAUAGAGGAUUUCUUGGGGACUGGGAUGAUGGUAGAGCAUUUGAAGCAGGAGGGGAAUUCACACAGCUUCAGUGAUCGGUUGAAGAUCUGUGUGAAGAUUUGCGCCAACUGGUCAACACAGACUUUCAGGCAGGAGGGUGACACAUCGUCUUAGCCUAGUACCUUCCUGAUUUUCUGAAUGUGAAAGACCAGAUUCACAUCAUUUUCACAGAUCCUGCAGGCCGGUGGGGGGUCAGUUUGGAGAGGUGAGGAGGUGGCAGAUGAUGGAGGUGGUUGUUUGAUGUCAGGGCAGUUGGGGGGUGUGAAAGUUGGCUUAUAGAAGCUGCAGUAGAUAACAUUCAGGUCGUCGGUCAUGUGUGGUGAUUAAACUUUAUUCUAAUCAAUGCUGUGAAUACUUAUUUUGCUGAUGUGCUUCCAUUACAUGUGGCAUCUAUUUCACUUUUGUCCUUCCUAAGAGGUAUCCCUCACAUGUGGCUCUCUCUGAGGUUUCAAAGUACUUUUGAAGCUGAUUAAAGGUUUUUCUUGGUAGAUUUUCUUUACUAUUGUUGAGGGUUAAGGGCAGAUGAUGUCAAACCUUGUUAAGCCCUAUAAGACAAAUUGUGAUCUGUGAAAAUGGGCAAUACAAAUCACAUUUGAUUGAUUGAAUAAGGUCUAAACAUUUGCUCAUUCGAAUAUAUUACAAUAUUUUCAGGCAAGCAUUUCUUAAACUCCUCAAGUUGCACUCUCAAGUUCCUAAAUCUGAAAUUUGUUUCGAUAGCAUGACACCAUUUAUCAGAUAAUGUGCUCUUUUCAUUUACAAACUUGCCAUAAAUUUGGUUGACAGCAUGUUUACAGAACAUGAACCAAAGCUGGUAGAUUUUACCUUCUCAUAAUCUAGGAUCUGGUCUAGAUUAAGGCUGUUAGAUACUUACUGCGCUUUACCUUGUAAUUUGCAUUGCAACAAUAUUGACCACUGUCACUAACAACACACAUCCUUUGGCCAGUGUAAAGCAUACAAGAAUAGGAAUCAACUUCUGGUUCUCUGAACGGAGAUACAAGUGCCAUAUGUCUGCUGAUAUCAAUGUGAGGUGGGGAAAACUGCAUUGCAUUGUCCUGAGCUUUUUUGGCAUUUAAAGGCACUUGUACUUUAUAGAAAUUGGCAACACCACUAAUCUGCCUUUUUACACUUUUUAACAGAGGAGUCUGUGGUAAAAUCAUCUAACUGAAACUCCAUACUAACUGUACAAAGACAAAAUACUGGCAACUGAUGCAAAGGACAUUUCAUAUGACCUUGGGGUCUCAUGACAAAUCACAUGCCUUUGAUCUUAUCAAGGAGAGUCCUUUGACCUGCUCAUCAAAGUGAUUCAGCAGGUCAACAUUCACAUUACAUUUACGUUAUAUUCCAAACGUCGCCUCUAUUCAAAAGUCACAACUUAAAUACAGCCAACCAACCUAUUGAACUCAAAUCUGUUAACAAACCAAUGGUCAACAUCCAGCCCAUAACCUUAAAUCCUAGAAACAGUCACCAUGGGCUGUACGAAAUCCUGCAGGGAAGAGAAGAGGUACCCACUGGGGACCAGCUCUCAUUUACAUACUUUUAUGAAACCAACCAUCACUUACUUGCGGAAAACACAGACAUUUGACACAACCUCAACAACCAUGACUCCAGAAUGUAAGGGCUUUUUGUAUUGUUUCUGUAUUUGUUAUUAGAUACUCAGAUUGGGGUCUUUUCUGAUUUCCUUGUGAGAAUACGAGAAAAAUCUACAUGUUUCCGAAUGAGCAGAUGUUCUGAGAAAUUUCAAGAAAUACUUGACAAAAUACGAGCAGAAGGAAAUCAAGGACUACAAACAGGUGUGGUACAUUGGAAAGCAGGCCAAAAAGAUUGAUGCCUCCCAAACUCGGCAUUCCAACUCUGGUUAUGACACUAAGGAAGGAAUCUACAGAGCAGUAAGUGCUUAAGUCUUUACUCUACAGAGAAAAACAAAUUUAUCAAUAGAUUAUAUAAAAACAUAAAUUUGUAAUUCAUUAUUAACUAGUUACUAUUUAUUAAUAUCCGCAUAAAAUAGUAUUGCUUUAGAAUUACAAUGAUUUGAAAAAAUACAAACUCAUCCCUUCAAAAAGAAGUAGAUACGAUAUUGGAUAUUGGUUUAUUUUUUCCUAGAUAUAAUAUGUAUAAACUUUCGAUGAAUAUAUAACUCUUUAAUCCAAAGCUCAUCAAUGACCACUUGGGCUACCGCUAUCAGAUCCUGGAGGUGCUUGGGCAAGGCUUCUCUGGACAGAUCCUCAAAUGCAUGGACCACAAGCCCAUGCACCUUGUGGCCAUCAAGGUCAUUAGAAACAAGGACAUUGUUCAUGACUUGGCAAUGCCUGAAAAGGACAUUUUGAAAGCCUUGCAGCAGUUUGACAAGGAUAACUCAGCCAACACCGUCUAUAUGAAAGAGAAAUUCUACUUCCGCAGUCACCUGUGCAUAAUUUUCGAUCUCUUUCUUACGGACCAACAUGGAUCAAACCACACCAACGAGAGUGAAUUCACAGUCGAAGAGCUGAAAAAAUACACCAUGGACAUGUUGGAAUGUCUAAAGCUGCUUAAGGAGAAGAUUGUCCAUAGUGACAUCAACUCGAAAAUGUCCCCCACGAAAGGCAAGAGGUCAGUACUGAGCCCAAAGACUAAUGCCAAAAACAGGGUCUGUCCUACAGUCCUAAUAUCAAUCGCCAAGGGCUCUCAGAAAACCCAAAUUGAUUUAAGCCACAAACAGCAAUCUGCCCUGCCCGGGGGCAAGAAGAAGAGACCACUGGGGCCCAGCUCCCAGUCACCUACUGUUAUGAAACCCACCGUCACUCGCCUGCAGACAACACAGUCAGUCAGCGAGACAUCCUCUACCAUAAAACCAGCCAUGUCUCCUGAAUAUAUUCUGGACAAUUUUAAGGAAUACUUGACAAAUUAUGAGCAGAAAGAAAUCAAGGACUACAAACAGGUGUGGUACAUUGGAAAGCAGGCCAAAAAGAUUGAUGCCUCAAAAAUCCAGCCUUCCAACUCUGGCUAUGACACUAAUGACGGAAUCUACAGCGCAAUUGUUAACGAUCAUUUGGCCUACUGCUAUCAGAUCCUGGAGGUGCUUGGGCAAGGCUACUCUGGACAGAUCCUCAAAUGCAUGGACCACAAGACUAAUCAGCUUGUUGCCAUCAAGGUCAUUAGAAACAAGGACAUCAUUUAUCAGACGGUAUUGCCUGAAGUGAAGAUUCUAGAAGCCCUGCGAGAGUCUGACAAGGAUAACUCAGCCAACAUUGUCCAUAUGAAGGAGAAAUUCUACUUCCGCAGUCACCUGUGCAUCAUUUUUGAUCUCUUUCUGAAGGACCUUCAUGAAUUAUGCCACACCAACAAGAUUAAAGUCACAGAGGAAGAGCAGAAGAAAUACACCAUGGAAAUCCUGAAAUGUCUACAGCUGCUUAGAGAGACGAAGAUUGUCCAUGGUGACCUUAAACCAGAAAACGUGCUGAUCUACAAAAAGGAUGAUGAGAUGCACAUAGCAGUCACUGACUUUGGAGGAAGCUACUUUAUGACAGAGGACGAUAGACCUCGUCUGUUCACUAAAGAAUACAUGUCACCGGAGCUGCUACUUGGCAAAAAGUGUGGACCACCAACCGACAUGUGGAGUCUGGGCUGCACCAUCGCUGAGCUUCACUGUGGUUUCCGUCUCUUUCAUGGACGUGACCUUCCAUAUGUCUUCAACAGGAUAAUGGAGGUGCUGGGUGUCCCUCCUCCUGAGUUGCUGAGGGCAGCCCCCAAAAGAAAAUUCUUCUUUGAUUCUGAUGGCAUCCCAUACAUCAGACAAUGCAGAACCAAUCUGGAAACAAAGCUGAACUCUAUUGAUGUUCAUUUCAUCAAUUUCAUUGAGCGCUGCCUUGAAUAUGAUCCAAAAAAGCGCAUGACACCAAAGCAGGCCUUGCAGCAUCCAUGGAUUCAUGAUAAGUUGAAAUGUGCAAAGAGAGCUGGAAAAAUUAUAUCAAAUGCCUCAGUGGCCUCCAGCAACAACACCUUUGCACUGUUGAAAAGGAGAAGAAUGCUUUCUCCUCUGCCCAAAAGAUUGUAGAACAAACCAGAGGUUUUCAGCAUGCUUCUUUCUUUCUCCCACCUCUGCUGUAUGCAAUUGUUGUGCAUAGGACAAUAAACUCUUGGAUCUUGGAUCUUGGAUCUUGGAUCUUGAAUCUUGAAUCUUGAAUCUUGAAUUUCCUGUCCCCAUUUCUCCUCUCACCCCAACUGGUGGGUGGAUUAUUCACAUCUAGGUGGGAAACCUGCCCCUGGACCAAAGUUCUUGCUACUAUUGGUCACUGUGUGCCUCAGGACCCAUGAGGUUACCAGAACAAUGAAGACCAAAUUCCUCCUCUGCUCUCUCUCUUAUCAUAUCUCCUCCUUCCCUCUCCCUUUUUCAUCUUCUCCUUACCCAGCUAGGGAGACAUUUUCUUUACCGAAGCUCCACGACCUCCAAGCAGGUCUGCCUGAAGCAGCAAAAAAACUUGCCAAAAAGGCAGCAGCGUGACAGCCGGCUAAAGGACUUCAACAUGAUAGCAUGUAAGGAGACCCAACUAUAUAUUUCGGACAUCCGACGUUAUGGCACAAAGACAAAAUGCAGCGUCAAAGUGCCUACCAUUGUGUCAUUUGAAGCUGACCAGGACUUGUCUUGUGAGGGUUAAUUUGUAGAAACUAUUUAUAAAAAACAUACUGUUAUUAAAGAUAGACUCACAAGAUUUUAUUUCGGCUGUACUUGAAUUUGAAUGAAACGUUAACCUUAAUUCUUGCUGUUCUGGGUUUGAAUGCACUUAUGUAAGUCGCUUUGGAAAAAAUCGUCAGCUGUAAUGUCAUUCUUCUCUAAAUUUUCUCCAGUUCCCUCUAUCACAGCUCUCUUUUCUUGAAAUCUACUGUCCUCUUUCAGUCUGUCAACUUAACUUUUCUUACUUUCUUACUAAACUUAAUUCAUAUAUUCUAACUACAGACCUGUCUCUCUCCUUCCCUUUCUUUCCAAAAUUAUUAAUCAACUUUCCUCCUAUCUUAACCACAAUAAUCUUCUUGACCCUCACCAGUCUGGUUUCAAGGCAGGUCACUCAACUGAGACUGCCCUCCUUGCUGUCUCUCAGCAGCUUCACACUGCUAGAGCAGCCUCUCUCUCCUCUGUCCUCAUCCUUCUAGACCUCUCUGCUGCAUUCGACACAGUGAACCACCAGAUCCUUAUUUCCUCCCUUCAGGACCUCAGUGUCUCAGGCUCUGCUCUCUUCCUACCUCAAUGAACGCACUUAUAGGGUAACUUGGAGAGGGUCUGUGUCUGAACCUUGUCCCCUCACUACUGGGGUCCCUCAAGGUUCUGUCCUAGGUCCUCUCCUCUUCUCUUUGUACACCAACUCCCUCGGCUCUGUCAUUCACUCACACGCUUUUUCCUACCAUAGCUAUGCCGAUCAGAAACACAGGUAGCAGCGCGAAUCACUGCCUGUCUGACCGACAUCUCUCAGUGGAUGUCUCAACACCACCUGAAGAUUAACCUUGACAAAACUGAACUUCUUUUCCUUCCAGGGAAAGACUCUCCCAUCCACGACCUGACUAUUAACUUUGACAACUCUGUGUUAACCCCCACUCAGACGGCUAGGAAACUGGGCUUAACACUCGACAGCCAACUCUCCCUUACUGCCAACAUUACUGCAACAACACGGUCCUGUAGAUUCAUGCUGCACAACAUAAGGAGAAUACGCCCCCUUCUCACUCAGAAGGUGGUGCAGGUUCUGGUCCAGGCUCUGGUCAUCUCACGUCUAGAUUACUGUAACUCCCUCCUGGCAGGUCUACCUGCUCCUGCCAUCCGACCUUUGCAGCUCAUCCAGAAUGCAGCAGCGCGACUGGUUUUUAACCAACCUAAAUUCACUCACACUACUCCUCUCCUCCGCUCCCUUCACUGGUUACCAGUGGCUGCUCGCAUCCGGUUCAAAACACUAGUACUUGCGUACCAUGCUGUGAACGGAUCCGGUCCAGUCUAUAUCCAGGACAUGGUCAAACGUUACACCCCACCCCGCUCACUCCGCUCUGCUUCGGCCAAUCAGCUUGUUGCUCCCUCACUGCGAGCUAAACACUCAUCAAAAACACGACUGUUUUCCGUCCUGGCUCCUAAAUGGUUGAAUGAGCUCCCCAUUGACAUCCGGACAUCAGAAAGUCGACACAUCUUCCGCCGAAAACUAAAAACAUACCUCUUCCGACUUUACCUUGAAUAAAAAAAAAUAAAAAAAAACACUAACAACUUUUUGAAACUAACACUUUAGUAGCACUUAAAUGGCACUUACUUAUAGCACUUUGUAGUUUUGCUUUAUUUGAAGAAAUUGUACUUUCUUGAUUCUUGUCGUCCUUGGUAUGUACCCUCGGGUUUGAAUGCACUUAUUGUAAGUCGCUUUGGAUAAAAGCGUCAGCUAAAUGAAAGGUAAUGUAAUGUAAUAUUCUCUCUUACUCACUAAAACUCUUACCUCUUAAACGCUCCUUCUGUCUUUAUGUUAUUUUAACUUUUUCUGCGAUACUCACAAACUCAUAUCUACCUCCAACGCAUUGUCUCUGUUUCUUUGUUUUCUCCCUUCCUGCCCAUCAGUCAAACUUCUGUUUUUCUGCUCUUAAAUCUACCAUGUAGUGUUGAGAUUCUCUGACCUUAGGAUAUUGGUCUAAUUAGACAUUUUCUGGUCAUUUUGAGACUGAUCAUUCUGGGCCUAAGUAGCCUUGCUCUUUUAUUGUUGAACAGUUUUGUUCGAUCUACAGUUACAGAUGACUUUUCUGUUAGAAUUAUAUUCAAGCCAAUAAGCUGCCACUUUUGUUAACAUAUAUUUUAUCUUGGUGUAGAAACAGUUGAAUCUUGAAUUCAGUACUGACUUUACUAUUUAAAUCCACCUUGUGCUCACAAUUGUAUUUUGGUGUUCAAGAUGUGAUGCAUGUUAUUAUUAAACAUGUAAUGGAAAUGUAUUGGUCCUUUAGUGGGGUCUAUGUUGACAAGUGUUGACAGGUAACAUUUUUAAAAUGUAAAAUAAUAAGUUACAUCAGCUUUAAGUUGAGUUAACAAAAGAACAACUUGAAAGUAAUUACAAUUAAGAACAUUAUAAGUUCUAUCAACUCUGAAUUAAGUUAACAGAAGUACAGUUGCAAUCAGAAAUAUUCAACCCCCCAACAGAUUUUAAGGAUUUAUCAAUUACAGUUUUUUCAAAGAGCAGGUUCUGCUUCUUUGAUGAUUUCUUUAUGAGUUGAGUGAUACAUAAAAUCAACACAGAAAAUGCAUGAUGUAGUAUUUGUGUGGAAAAGUAUAUUUAGUUAAGAUUAUUCAACCCCUUGAUGUUUUUAAAGCUAUUUGACAGUUUUUAUGGCCUAAAGUGGAGUUGAAACAUAAUUAAGCCUUUGGGAAAUCUAUAUUGAUCCUUUAUUGGCUUCAGCUGUGAAGCAUAUAUAAAUCCCACCCAUGAAGGUAUUCAAGGUGAGUUGCAACCAUUGGAAAGACAAAGGAGCUUCCACAAAAGCUGAGAGAAGAGAUUAUUUCAUCAAACCUGAAGGCCUCGGGUAUAAGAAGAUUUCCCAAAAAUGUAUAUUCUAAGACACACCAUUGGGAGCAUUAUAAGGAAGUUUAAAACGUAUGGAGAAGCUUCAAACCCGCCUAGCCGUGGAAGAACGCCCAAUAUUUCAUCAAGGGCCCUCAGCAACAGUCAGAACAACUAAGAGAAACCCCUGUAUGACUGCAAGACACCUACAGGAUGACCUGAUGAAGGCUGGUACAAGUGCUUCAGUGGAAACAAUAAGACAUGCAUUCAAUAAACAAGGACUUCAAGGCCGGACUUCAAGAUGCAGUCAGCUCUUUACCACAAGGAACAUCAAAAGUCGACUAAGACGACUGAGUUUUGGGUGACAGUUCUAUGGACUGAUGUAACCAAACUGGAACUAUUUGGACGAGCGGUAUGUCUUGCAUGUGAAAGACCAGGCUUAUGACCAGGAGAAUACCAUCCCAACGGUCAAGCCUGAUGGUUGGUCAUUGAUAAUGUUGGGUUGUUUUUCUGCCAACAUUAUCAAUAUCAGUACAAUCUUGAUUGUGUACCUGGCAUCAUGGAAUCUCAGAAAUACCAGGCCAUUUUAAGGAGGAAUAUGAUGCCUUCUGUUAAAGAAGGCAGUUGCAGCACGGAAGCCAUCAUACAUCCCUGAGCUAGGGGCUUUUGCACAUGAAAAAUGGGCAAAGAUUCUGAUCGAGAGGUGUAAGAAGCUUGUCAGCACUUACCGAAAACGUUUGUUAGAAGUUAUAAAAGGAUUUAUGGAGGAUGGGCCACAAAGUACUGAAGCUGGGAGUUGAACAUUUUUCAUUUGAACAUCAAAGUUAAGUUAACUUCUGUUGUCAAAAUCAUUCAAAUUUAUCAAUAAAUAAUUAUUUAUUAUUUAUUGUCA